AUGUGACCGUCAUUGUGAUGGCCUGUAAUGAGAGGGAGUCCGGCAAAUACAAGUGCGAGUCCUACUGGCCUCAGGACAACGAUGACCCCCAACAGUACGGCAACAUCACUGUUCAAUUAGUGAAGUGGCGUCAGGUGUGCCCCGACUUUCUGGUCCGCACUCUCAAAGUGAACGCCGACUCCAUAGAGCGCACGGUCUGUCAGUUCCACUACCAGACGUGGCCCGACCACGGAGUGCCCAACUCUGUGCACCCGAUCCUCGAGUUGGUGCGACUCAUGCGUGACGUCCAGAUUUCAGAAACCCGUCCAAUACUUAUCCACUGCAGCGCCGGCUGCGGGCGAACCGGAACUCUAUGUUCUAUUGAUUACGUUUGGGCUCUUCUCAGGAAUGGAAAACUUCGAGAAGAUUUCAGUCUGUAUUCCAUAAUACGAGAGAUGAGGAGACAGAGGAUAGCAAUGGUGCAGACAUUAGAGCAAUACAUGCUGUGCUAUAAGGCUGUCGCCACACUCUUUGAACAACAGCUCAAAAUGAUUGAUUCGCACACUUAUGAGAACAUCGAUGGCGAUGGAGAGCCUCUCAUGAGGCGCCAGUUGCUCAGGGAGUCUGCCGACCAACACAUAGCGAUCGCUACAAUCGCUCCGCAAACUGAUCACUCGCUUCCUCAGACCGAUAAUACAAAGAGUAAACAUAUCCCCGAAUCCAUACUGCCUUCCCUUCCCAACAGUCCGUCCAGUGUUGGCGAUGAAGUGCGACACGAGAGGCUUAUAGGAAAGGCAACUGUCAUACGGCGCCCAAGUAUUGCCAAACUUAAAGCUAUAUUCGAAAAUCAAAACGUGAUCUCAACAGAGGGUCCUAUAGUGAGGUCCCGUUCCACGAGUUCUUCACUGAAUAGAAGUCAAAGUAUCAAAGAAAGGAUCAGAAACACGAAAUCCAUGAUUGAAAGCAACGAUCAUGUGUUUAAUGGUAACCAAAGACAUGAAAUGUCGAUCGGUUUAGACGAGGGAUUGCGCGCUAAUCACUCGGACCUACAGUUCAGACAGGAUUCGUGUCUCAAAGAGACUACUUAUGGAGAAUGCAAUCCACAGAUCAAUGCAAUGAAUCGUUUAAACGAAAACUCUGCACAAAUGCUGCAAACAAAUCACUUCAACGGUUCAGUUAUGGAAUCGUUUGCCAUAUUAAGCGAACAAAAACUACUUGAAAAUCAUCAACAAUUGCAACAAGAGAUUCGUCAACACAUCCAACAAAAACAACUCCAAUCCGUGCCAUCAGUUCAGUCAUCGCAACCCAUUCAUAGAGUUGUUCCUAAUUUAUAUUCAAUUGAGUCACAAAUGCAAAACAAUAACUCAAUUCCACAUCAGAUAUCGUCCCAAAUGGGCCCUCCAUUGCAAAUGACAAUCAAUGCUCACAUCCAAAGCCAACCACUGCCACCCCCUCCCAAACCUCCCCGAACUUAUCAAUACCAUCAUAUGCUCGACGGAACAAUCACUUCACUGCCCAAUACUUCCGACGGAAGACUCAUAGUAUCCGUUGCUCUGCCCAGACGUCAACCAAAUGAGUUGACAGUCACUCAGCAAAACCAUUACGAGCCCAUUGGCCAGAGAGGGUGCAACAUAUCGGCCCCUAAUCUCGUUUCGGACACACUUCUGGUUAACACUAAUAAUAUGGAAAACUUUAAUAGUUUUAAUAUAAACCAAAACAAUGCCAUAAAAGUGCUAAACGUGUCCAACAAUAAUAUAUACGAAUCAGUAUUACCUAAGUAUAGGAGAUCACAGCCAUUAGAGGCGACCGGAGUGUCGACCGCAUCCCAAAACCAAAGCAUUCACUCCUAUUAUGAUAUCAUGAAAUUGCGAAACCCUGGCCUCAACUCUACCCUUCCCUUCUAUGAUAGUCUCUACGGUAGACACGGUUUUAUGACUGUUUCCAAUGUGCGGCACAUCUCAGUGCCGGCCAUUGCACAGAUCCAGUGCCCGUAUCCACAAUUCAAACCUAAUUAUGAGGCCAUUUAUUCCAACACUAAUUCAAAUACUAAUCAAAAUAAUGUUAAGAAUAGCGACAAAAAAGAUAAAAACAUAAACAAUAACUUAAACACUAAACCAAACAUUAAAAAGGAAUCCAUCAAAAAGAGUUCAAACAUUGGUUCAAACGCUCAAAAUGUAUCGCAAGAGUCGACUUCAGGAACUUUUUCCAAACUCUCCAAUGCUUUCAGAGGUUUGCGAAUCAAAUCCUCGAAACCCAAAUCAAAUUCAAAUACGACUAACAGUCCCGCCUCUAAUAGUCCCAUCGCCUCCCGUCCCCCUCAUUCUCACCGCUUCUCACCUCCAACUCAAUGGACACAAGCGACGGUUACGUCUGAUGUCAUUCCAGGAAUGGGAUGCCAUUCCGUGGGCACCAAAUGCGUUGAAAGCGAUGGCCGGGUUGGCCGCGUAAGCCAUGGCAGCGGCCGCCGGAUUCAGUGCUGUAGGGAUGAGAUGCGGGUGCGAUGGGAGCUGUGA